AUGGCCUGCAGAUUCCGCCUCCCUUGUGUUUGUCCACCUACAUUUCUUCUCCUCUCUCUCCCUCUUUUUCUCAUCCUACAUGCACCUUCCUUUGUGAGGGGUGACUGCUGGCUAAUUGAGGGAGAUAAAGGCUAUGUGUGGCUGGCAAUCUGCAGUCAGAACCAGCCUCCAUAUGAGACAAUCCCACAGCACAUUAACAACACCGUCCAUGACUUGCGGCUGAAUGAGAACAAGCUAAAGGCAAUUUUCUUCACCUCCCUCAGUCGAUUUACCAACCUCACUGACCUCAACCUCACCAAGAAUGAGAUUUCCUACAUUGAGGAUGGUGCCUUUGCUGGACAGGCAAAUCUACAGGUCUUACAGUUGGGUUACAACAAGCUAACCAACCUCACAGAAGGAAUGUUGCGAGGGUUGGGUCGAAUGCAGUGCCUAUAUCUGCAACAUAACCUUAUAGAGGUAAUUGCAACCAAUGCCUUCUGGGAGUGCCCAAGCCUUAGCAGUCUCGACCUGUCCUCAAACAAAUUAGCAAAGCUGGAUUCAUCCACUUUCACUGUUCUUGGGCGGCUUAUAGUGUGUGAACUGGCUGGAAACCCAUUCCACUGUGGCUGUGAUUUGUACAGCUUCCUUAUCUGGCUGGAGGCAUUUGACAAUGUCACUCACACCUAUGACAGGCUCCAGUGUGAGACGCCAAAGGAACUCUUUGGUUACCCUCUGCUGAGUCCUAGAGGUAGUCCUGGAAGAAAUGCUCGUUCUAUCCUAUCAUCCAUGUGUAAAGAUGGAGUGAUUGUUACUGGCAUGACUGCCCUACCUCCAGACUUGGAUUCUUCAGGAAUGGGAAUUGAUAUUUCUGAUCAAAUGGGACCUUAUCACCAGCCUACAGCUUCAUCAACUACAGACCCCACCUAUAGUCCCAGCAUUAAGUUGCAAACAGUGUCCCUCGCCACAGCUUCCUUAUUGGUUCAAAUCCCCAAGCCCUACAGUAAGAUGUACAUCUUAGUGCAGUACAACCACACCUAUGUGUCUGAUGUCAUGAAUUUAAAGAACAAAAAAGAAAUUGUCACCCUAAAUAACUUAAAACCCCACACAAAUUACACCUUCUGUGUUGCCUCAAUUCGCAAUUCCCAGCGGUACAAUCACACUUGCCUAUAUUUUGCAACACAGGCUCCAGGGCCUGAUGACUUGCAAGCAACCCCUUCUACCACCACCCAUUACAUUAUGACCAUUCUAGGCUGUCUGUUUGGGAUGGUCAUUGUGUUGGGCUUGGUGUACUACUGCUUACGCAGGCGUCGAAUACAGGAGGAGAAAGAAAAGACUAUCAGUGUCAAAAAAACCAUCUUGGAGAUGCGUUAUGGUCCAGAAGCAGCUGCUGCAGCAGCCAAGGAUCCUUCUGCACUACAGAAACUCCAUGACCAAUCCCAUCACCAACACCACCACAGCAAGUUGAACCAGUCAACAUCCUCUAGCUUGGGCAUCCUCCAUGGCUCAGCCAACACCACCUCUUCUCGACUUUCCUCCCUGCCACAAGUGGAAAAGAUGGCAACAGCUUUCUCGGAAGCCAUGGCCACCACUAAGGGUAAUUACAUGGACGUGCAGACAACAGGAGGAGAGGAGCGAGUAAGAGAUGGAGUUGUGACAGGGUCAGGGGAUGAUAUUGCUAGGGAGGAAAAUUGGAUUAAUGGAGAUGACGACUCUGAUGAGGAUGGUCGAGAUUCAACAUCUGAGAUCUCCACCAUUGCUAAGGAGGUGGAUAAGGUAAACCAGAUCAUCAAUAACUGCAUUGAUGCACUCAAACUAGACUCUGUAGCGGUUGUGGCAGCAGCUGUGGCCACUACAACUACAGCAGAAAAUAUUGCCUCUCCACCACUUCCUAGUGUCAUGUCCUUAGCCAGGGGGCUAAUCCCUCUGUCUCCUACCAUCACAGAGACAUGCCAGAUCAUGUCGUCCCCGAAAAUCCAUCCUCCACCCCCUGUUCCCCUUGUGUUGCCUCUUUCUGAGCGGCCUGGCAUUAGUGGAGGGGGCUUUCUCUCCCCACCCUACAGGGACCCACCCCCAGCCACAGCAACACACCCCUUGCAGAGACAACUCAGUGCAGAUGCUGCGGUUGUUCCUAUAAACGCUGUCAAAAACCGCUGCAGUGUCUCUUCCGGUGGCUCUGUCAAAAGUGCUCGGGUCUUCAGUCUGGAUGUCACCAACCCUCGCAGCCCAGAGCCAUACAAGUACCCUGAGAAAGGCAGCCCUAUUCGGUGCGGGGAGCCACUUGAGAGGCUGCCCAUAAUUGGGGUUCAUGGAGUCAGUAAUGGCAGAGGAGAUGGUGGCAGCGGGGGUGGAGGGGGAGCCGGUGGUGGCAGUGGUGGUUCGGGUGGACGUGGUGUUGUCGUAGGUGGGGGCGGCACAGCUAAGCAGCACCACCUGGAGGUGCACCCAGACUACCACUGCUCAGAGCACCGACACUCCUUCCCCGCCCUCUACUAUGAGGGUGCCACUGACUCCCCUGCCCAGAAAGUCUCCUUUCUAAACCCUCUCACUCGCACCAAGAAGGACACUGCCUACUCCCAUCUUUCUCCUCGUCACCACAAUUACUCAGGGUAUUCCUCCAGCCCUGAGUACUCCUCUGAGAGCACUCUUAAAAUCUGGGAGCGCUUCCGGCCCUACAAGAAAAGCCCCCGUGAGGAGGCCUACAUAGCAGCUGGACAUGCUCUUCGAAAGAAAGUGCAGUUUGCGAAGGAUGAAGAUCUGCAUGACAUUCUGGACUACUGGAAGGGGGUGUCUGCACAGCAGAAACUGUGA